AUGUCUGCUCGGGCCAAGGCGCAAGCUCUCCUCCCGCGGGCUCUCCAGCGCCGCAAGCGGCCGCGGGGCAUCAGAGCGGCCGAUGUGGCUGCGCCGCUGCCGCUGGCUCCACUGCACGCUCCGCUCAAAGGCCAGCUCGCCACCAAGCGGCUGGUCGUCUACUCGUCGCGGUACGAGAUCGUCUCGCACGAGCACGUUUCCGCCCUCGUCACCGACGCGCGCGAGUCUGGUUGCCGCCCAAACGUCGUCAAGGCCCUGCUAUGGCAUCCUGGAAUCAAGGCCUGGCGCGAUGCCCUGCCGACCGCAGACAUGCCAGCGGUCGACGACGCCACCGCUGUGGCUCAUCCGGCCCUUGCCAUGGAUGGUCUCGUCCAAGCUCAUCGUCGCAUUCGGCCAAAGGUCAAGCAGACUCGCCUCGCGCCGAUGCCGGAUGUCGAAGACCAGCUGUCGGCCAAACUGGCGACGCCGGCCUCGCCGCCGCCCGAGUCCGAGUCCAAGCCUGACGACCAUCGGAGAUCCCGCACAGGAUCUGCGCGCGCCCGGCUCGUCCAGUUGGCAGUCUCGCUUGCGUUUGUUGGUACUCAACUUGUUCCCUUCGCGCAGUCUUUGGCCAACUUUCAUGUUCUUCCUGAAUCUAUCCAGCCGCUUCCCUUUGUCAUCGCUCCGAUUCUCCUCCCUGGCGACAGAAUGGCGGUCAUUGCGCCGGUGGCCGAGCCGUCGGUGUUGGCGGUGGAUGGUCACAGCUCGCGCAAGCUUCUGCAGCUCCCGCCGUCAGCGACUUUAGUCUCGAUCUGCAAGCGCGAUGGUACCGGAUGUGUGGCAUCGACGGUGGCGGCGAUGGGUUUUGCGCUCCCGGUCAUGGCGGUUGUGGCGCCCAGGUCGGGCAGGAUAUACAUCGCGCUGGUGUCUUCGGCCGGCGAGCUGAAGAUCGGCAGGUGCUCUCUGGUGGUAGACAAUUGUAUGGUGCUGCCGCUCCGCGAGAGCACCAACUUGAUGCAGGCGCAGGCGUAUGACUUGUCCAUCAGCCCCGAUGAGGACUAUCUCAUUGUCACGAUGGCGGUGGCAGAGGCGGCUGGGUCGCGCACCAGAUACAGGCUGGUGUUGGCGAGCAUCGCCACCGCAGCCUCGCCGUCGGCCAGCCAACCGCUAGUCUCCAAUCAUGCCGUAGCUGAGACCCGCACUACAGCGAUCAUUGACUCGUCGUCGCUUGUGGUCAUUGCCGAUGGCUUGGACGCCACUGUUGUUGUCUUUGACUCGGGCGCACUCGUCGCGUAUCCAUGCAGCCUUCCGACGGAAGAGCAAGUCGGCGGAUGCAGAGCGCAGUCGAUUCUGGCUCCAGCGAUCUCGAGCGGGCCGACGUACCAAUCGAUUGCUGUGGCCGUCGACGACACGAACUCGCGCAGGCUGUUUGCUGUCGGUGCAAGCCGUCAGUACGCGCACGGAUCAGGAACGCGGGCCGCCGCCAGUCCCGUCAGAAGCGAUCAGACCAAGCUCGUCUCGUGCGCGAUGGACCUCACAGGCUGCAUCGACGUCGAGCUCCCGAUCGCAGAGACUGGCAAAGCGGUGGCAGUCUCGGGCUUGAUCGUUGAUCCGGUCCGGCGCGCUGCGGUCAUCAUGCAGCAGGUGAUAGCGGGUGCGGUGGGCAAGAUGCAGGUGACGACGUGCCGACUUGAGGGCACCAAGUCGUGUGCGGUCGAGCAGCUGGCGGACGGCCUCCUCAACGCGGCGAUGGUGUACGAUCCGGCAGCGCGGACUGGUAUUGUUUACGCCACUGCCGGGUUAGCACAGGGCGUGGCUGCCUACUCGCCGCCAGCCAACGAGGAGCUCUGUGCUGAGGUGAUGAUUGCUACCGGGUGCGCCGCCGGUGAGUGUCUCCCUGUCUGCGCAUCCGGGACAUCCGCGGCAAACGCAGUGGUUGCCGACACCGCCAUCGACCUUUCGGCAAUGAGCGGCGAAGUCGCGAUGACGAUCAAGCUCGCACUCGGCCGGCGCGCCUCGCUCCGUCUGGGACCGCUGAUCCGUGUUCGAUUCGAGGCACUGGAACUGUUUGACUCUGCGACCGAACCAUCAACGAUUCAGGUGGAGUGGAACCCGGGCCAGACCGAGCCAAGCAUCAGCGCGCCGUAUGUGGCGGCCGGCGGCAGGGUUGUGGUCCGCGUCCCCACCGGAGUCGUAAUCACCCGCGGCGAGUCGAUGGUCCUGCUCCGAUACUUGUCGAUCGACGGAGCGUUUUCCGACGACGCUGUCGAGGUCGAGCCCCAGUACUCAGCACGGUCGGCGAGCUCGGCAAGCCACGCCAGCGUGUCUGCGUCGCGCUUCCAGCUUGGUGCCCUCACGCCGCGAUCGCGAGCGGCAGCCGUGCCGAUGUUGAGCAUGAGCUCCGACUCGGAGACGGCAACGGAUCCGGUGCCUCCUGUCAUGAUCGACGGCGCCACGCUGGCCGCCAAAGUCAUCCAGAGCCGCAACCCAGCGUUUGGUGGUGCAGCUUCUACCUCGCACUCGAGCGACUCUGACACGCUUGACACGGCAGAGUCGUCGUUUGCGCCGUCGAUCGAGUACUCGUCGUACUGA